CCCCCUCUUACAAUUCUAAAUUCUUUCUUUCUCUCUCCUCUCUCUCUCUCUCUCUCUCUCUCUCUAGUUUUGGUCCCCUUCACAGCAGAACCUAUACUCAAAGGUCCUGCCAUUGGAGGAGUAUUUCCGAACCCCGAGCGACAAAUUUACUGCUGUACAAUAUUUGGAUAAUUAAUCCGUGUUUCUUUACGAAACUCUGCUUAAUUUCGAUUCAUUUAUACUUCUCGAGAAAAACCUUGAAAACGGCAGUUGAAGGUUUACUCAAAAUUUGUCGAUAAUUACUAAAAAAGGGGAAUGAUUCUUCGUUCAAGAUAUGAUGGAAGUCAAUGGUAUAAAUACCCACAGCAAUGAGACGAGACCUUUGCAGAAUCCCACACCCGUAAAUUUACAGAAAAAGCCCUCCGAAAAUAUCCCGAGCACUUCCGUAUUUGUCAAUAAUGCUGCAACUGUAUGGAACGAGAGCAGAAGAAAAUGGAUCGGAAACGUAUCUAACAGGUCGGAAAGAACGACAAAGGAUCCAAUUAUAAGUUGGUCAAUGACAUACGAAGACCUACUCUCGACUCACGAACCUUUCACCGAACGGAUUCCUUUAACCGAGAUGGUCGAUUUUUUGGUGGAUAUAUGGCACGAUGAGGGGCUUUUCGAUUAGAUUAAGAAUCUUGCAAGCAAUUAUCAUAUGAUUGAAUUUCAGAUAAUGGGAAAAACCUCAUUCUUAUUGUUGUUGUAUUAACAAUAUAUGAUAUAAUCAUUAGUUUGUAUUCUAGUAUUGAUUGUAGUCCUUCUUCAAACCUAGAAGAGCUUUAGAAACCAGAUAUUUUUUUGGUUCAUUUUAUCAGA